CUGUAACACGCUACUUGGGACAUACCAACUACUGUAAGUAACACGCUACUUGGGACAUACCAACUACUGUGAGUAACAUGCUCCUUGGAACAUACCAACUACUGUGAGUAACACUCUACUUGGGACAUACCAACUACUGUGAGUAACAUGCUCCUUGGAACAUACCAACUACUGUGAGUAACACGCUACCUGGGACAUACCAACUACUGUGAGUAACACUCUACUUGGAACAUACCAACUACUGUGAGUAACACGCUACUUGGAACAUACCAACUACUGUGAGUAACACUCUACUUGGAACAUACCAACUACUGUGAGUAACACUCUACUUGGAACAUACCAACUACUGUGAGUAACAUGCUACUUGGGACACAGCAAAUACUGUAAGUAACACGCUACUUUAGACAGAAGGGUGGAUAUCUCACAGUUACAAUCUCAAGGUGCUCUGGUAUGUAUUAAAUCUUAUGAUUGUUAUUUGUUUUUAAAAGGUUCUAUUCAUCAGAACUAGUAGUGGGUUUGCAGUUCCUGCAUUCAAAUGGGAUCAUCCAUCGGUAAGGAAACUUUAAAUCCUUUCUAAAAUCCCUCUCCUUAUACUCGGUCCCACUGCUGGCCGUAAUUCCACUCUCUCAUUUUAUUACUCCUAAUGGCAAACAUGCUAAAUGCUGUGUCCCAUAUGUGCCUUACAGAGACCUCAAGCCAGAGAACAUCUUGCUGGAUGAAGAAGGCCAUUUGAAGAUUUCGGAUUUUGGCCUUGCCUGCACCAGCGUGUUUGGAAGGAAGACGGUGUGGGGGUACUAUGGGACACCAGGGUACAUUGCCCCAGAGGUUUUAUCAGAUGAGCAGUACAACAAGGGAGCUGACUGGUGGUCAUUCGGAGUCAUCCUGUAUGAAAUGGCCACCGGCUAUAUGCCCUUUCCACCAAUGGGCACCAUAGAAGAACAGGUGGAAAUGAUUUUGGAUACAAAGCCGAAAUAUCCAGAAUCCCUUCCUCCUGACUUACGUCACCUCCUAAAGAAGCUCAUGAAGAAGAAGCCCGAGCGACGCCUGGGGGUCAAUGGCCGUAUCCGGGACCACCCAUUUUUUGCAUCAGUUAAUUGGGUGGAAGUGGAGAGAAGACGGCUGGUGCCCCCUGUUAGACCAACUACAGGACCAGUAACGAGGGACAGCAAGGUCUUCAUCUCAUUCCCGGAGGAGGACCCCACUGAGACCCGAAUGCUCGCGAGGUUCGACUAUGUGAACCCGAGCUGGCUGGGGUAAUGCCCCACAGUUCCCACCAACCAGAUCCUUCCAACUGACCAUCACAGAAGCUGGGCAACAUCCUAUAAGAACAACACUGGCACCAUUCCUGCUCCAUCCUGUGACACUGGGUAAUGUAUAACAACCAAGGUGAGCGAAUAUUGUUUAUUACCAUCUUAAACUACUCCCUGCUCUGCCUUAUACCCAGUGGGGAGGUCUCCCCAUAUACACCAUCUUAUCAUGGCCAUCAUCACCACAGAAAGCACUUACAGCUGCAUUUAUCAUCUCUCUGUGCUUUCUAUGCCAUUUCCAUCUUACGCAGCUAUUUCAUUUUUAAGUUUUAUAGUUCUAAGUUUAAAAAAAAAACAAAAAAAACAAAAAAAAAACCCAUCUUCCUUUUUUAAACUAAAUGUUAACCUACCGUCCCCUUCCCCUGUUCCCUAACAAGCACGGCCUGUUCCCCCCGGGCUUUAUAAUAAUCUGUGAUGUCAUCAGAGGGGGGGAUAGGGGUGGGUCUAGUUAGUGGCCUGUGACUGGCUACUUUCCAAUUUGGCCAGUCACAAACCAUUAACGGUUCCCCUCUAAUGACAUCAUAAAUUACCUCCCCAUGACAAGCACGGCCUGUUCCCCCCAGGCUUUAUUAAGCACGGCCUGUUCCCCCCAGGCUUUAUUAAGCACGGCC